AUGAUGCAGUGGACGUCCUUCGUUCAGAAAGCUCAGUCCUUGAUCGACCCGGCGAACUUCACUCUGCCGAACCUGACCUCAUCCUCCGACCGAAACCCGUCGAAAGCCUCCCUUUUCCGCCAACAAUUCCGACUCCCCGACUCGCAGAACCCUCUUCAUGAGAUUACAGCGGAGCUCAUACUUCCUGUAUCGCACACCUCGUCAUCGGCCUCUGGUGCCCAAUCCAAGACCGUCGACCGCGGUGGCAAUCGAUAUGCGGGUAGAUUGCAUUUGAGCGAGCGGUUCAUCUGCUUCUCGACACAGCCCACAAGCUUUCUCCCUUCAGCGACCCUUAGCGCUUCCACACAUUGGGCCGGUCAGACGAAUGGCACCGGGCCGUCCGGAAAUGGGUUCACAAUCCCUCUGUGUUCGAUUCGCCGGGUGGAACGGUUGAAUAGUCAGAGCCAUAUUUUCUCUCUUGCAUUGACAACAUGGAACGGGGCGCUGGGGAAACAACAGGCACCUGGGUUUUCUCCGCAGAGGUUCACUAUCGAGCUGGUCGGGAGCAGGCAGGCCUGCGAGCGGUUUUGCGAUGGCUUGAAGAAGAACUUGCGCGAGUCCAUGAAGGAGAUUGAGAAUUUGCGGUCGGUGGUGAAUGACUGCUAUUCGGAAUAUCUUCUUUCGGGCGCCAAGUCGAAGGGUCAGUCGGCCGAUGACCCUGAAGCGAAACCACCUCCGGACGCCGGGUUGGGGAUGCUUUUCCGCUACCCCGGUGAUGCCCGCAAGCUUCGGGAUCGGAGUAAGAUGAGGCUCUGGGGAGAAUACUUUCGAGAAAAUGGCCGCAACGCCACGUUGAUCCGACAACCUACCUUCCACAAACUCAUCCGCGUUGGUCUUCCUAAUCGGCUUCGCGGCGAGAUCUGGGAGGUGGCAUCUGGUUCUUUGAACCUGCGACUGCGGUCGCCGAAACUAUAUGGGGAGACUCUAGCGAAGUUCGAAGGCCAAGAGUCUUUGGCAAUUGAUGAGAUCGAAAAGGAUUUGAACCGUAGUUUACCGGAGUAUCCGGGGUUUCAGAGCGAGGAAGGCAUAGGACGCCUUCGAAGGGUCUUGACUGCCUACAGUUGGACGAACGCUGAAAUUGGCUAUUGUCAAGCGAUGAACAUUGUUGUUGCAGCAUUAUUGAUAUAUAUGUCGGAGGCCCAAGCCUUCUUUUUGCUUUCUGUUCUGUGUGACCGUCUGGUACCAGGGUACUACUCGACUACUAUGUAUGGGACAUUGCUUGACCAAAAGGUGUUUGAGUCGCUUGUCGAGAAAACUAUGCCGAUCCUCUGGGAUCACCUGGGGAAGUCCGACGUCCAGCUAUCUGUUGUUUCUCUCCCAUGGUUCCUUUCUCUAUAUAUCAACUCCAUGCCCCUGGUGUUCGCCUUCAGAGUCCUUGAUGUGUUCUUCUUGGAAGGACCGAAAGUUCUCUUCCAGGUCGGGCUGGCGAUUCUUAGAAUCAACGGAGAGGAGCUUCUUGACGUUCAGGAUGACGGCUCGUUUAUCUCGGUGUUGAAGUCCUACUUUUCUCGUCUCGACGAGUCAGCUCAUCCGCGAUCCGAGAACCCGAAGCUUAGGGCCAUCACGCGAUUCCAAGAGCUCAUGGUAGUAGCUUUCAAGGAAUUCUCACAAAUCACACAUCAAACUAUUACCGAGCAGCGCGAGAAGCACAAGGAUGCGGUCCUGGAGAACAUCGAAAGCUUUGCUAAGCGGACCUCUAUUCGAAACCUUGGUCCCGAUAGCAAGAAAUUGAGUCCAGAGGAUUUGGGAGCGAUCUAUGACCGCUACUAUGAGGUCCUCUAUGACUACCAGCAGAGGCAGAAGGUUGUCGAGGAGGAGAAGAAACGGCAGGAGAGGAAGAAAUCUCAACGGAUUUCUGUCCUCGGGCCAUCAGUAGACCGGGAAGUCGGUCGCGUCGGCCUCGGUCCGAGUCCCACUCAUAUGGACUAUGACGCGUUUCGAGAAUUCCUUGCUGCAACGGCCAAGUGGGCGAUUGCUGAUUCUCCUGGCCCGUCGCGAAAAGUGUCAGACGUUGGGAGCUUCAGAGGACUGGGAAGACCCUCCUUGGCCAAAAGACCAGCACCAGCCGACCACGAGUUCAUGCAGCGCUUGUUCCGCAAGUGGUCUACCGAUCCAGAUGAUGGGCUGAAUCUGCAAAACGUAGUCAAUGGCAUUGCACGUCUGAAAGGACCUCGUGAUAUCAUGAACAAUAUCAGUUACUUUUUCGACCUCUAUGACGACAACGGCGAUGGCAUGGUUGACAGGGAGGGUAUCCUGCGAAUGUCAGAAGCACUGCUCUUCCUUUCUCGGCGGGGAUUUGAAGGAACCAUUACCCCUAGUCAGAGCACGGAAGACUUGACGCCCGGUAAAGAAGAUGACAAACUCAGCACGGGAGAACGCUUUUUAGGAAGUGUAAGCUCCUUUAUACGUCGUUGCUUCGAGUACGCUGACCCUACCAACACGGCUACAGAAGAGAAGCUAGUUGAAACAACGGACAACCUCAAUUCAUUUAGCAUCGGGGAGGAUGAGGAAGAUCUGAUCGAUGUUGGUGAGGAUGAUGUGAAGUCCGAGUCUACCCCCAGCCCCGAGGCCAAAACGCCCGAAACGACUGGCAGCGAGCCAACAGCCAACCAGCGUGCUCGCAGCACGUCUGAGGCGGCGAAUCCGGCUCUUGACCCGAACAACCCUUUGCAUAUUACUCUGCCCACGUUCCGAAUGGUUGUUCUGGCCGACGAGUUGCUAGAGCAGUUCUUCGACAACUACUUCCCACAGUCCUUCCAUCUUUCCGAGCAAGGCGCAACCGUUACGCCGCUGCCGUCGCUCUCCUCAAACCUCACUACAUUCUCCAACAUCAACGCUCCCAAACCUCAGAUCUCCUCCUCUGUCGCCACAGUUGCCGGCGCAUCUGGUGGUAUCGUCCCGCCAAACCGCGGUCUCCGCGGCGUUCUAGACAACAUCGUCACCGACGGCAUCCGCAUGGCAGCCGAGGUGAAGAAGCGAAUGGACGAAGCCCAGCGCGAGCUGGAACGCAAUGCCCUCAACCGCGAUGAGGACGAGGAUGACGAUGAGGACGACGACGGCCAUCACGGCGCCGCCCCGCUCAUGGUCGGCGGGAUCUCCUCCUGGGGCGCAGGCGCUUAUGGCGCCGAUCCGGAGCGGCGCAGCGUGCGGGAAACGGACCGGGAUCUGCUGGAGGGUGCGGAGGUUGUUAACAUCCGAGGACGCGAUGAUACAUUACUCUUGGAUGAUAAGGAUGCUCAGCACGGAAGCGGUAGUCAAGGUGCUGACGCAGGGCGAGACGAGAAAGUUGUCGCCAAGGUGGAGUUUGAGUCAUGA